CGAAUAAAACCCGCUUUUAACAAGGGACACGCGGUGCGCGCUGUUGUAUUGAACUGAACAGAAUAGAACAAAUAAAUUUGUUGAACGUGAAAAUAAGGUUUAUUUAAUAUUAACAGACAGUUCAUUUCAGGAAGCAGUUGUCCGAGAUUGUAAAGCAUAAUUUAUUUUUUUUACAAAUAGAUUCAAGAGAAAAUGUCUGAGGAUAUAAUUAUGCAGUCCACCAAUAAUGCCAACGAAACAGUGAAUAAUGUGACAAAGAAGUCGGCCACUGAUGGUGAAGGAAAGGUAGCAACGGCUGAAGAAAUGACUUCUCGUGAUUACUACUUUGAUUCGUACGCUCAUUUUGGUAUACACGAGGAGAUGCUGAAAGACGAAGUUAGAACCAUCACUUACCGCAACGCCAUGUAUCACAAUAAGCAUCUUUUCCGUGGAAAGGUUGUUUUGGAUGUGGGUUGCGGCACUGGAAUUCUUUCCAUGUUUGCAGCGAAAGCUGGUGCUGCCACAGUUAUUGCGGUAGAUUGUUCCAAUAUUGUCGAAUAUGCCCGCCAAGUGGUUAUUGACAAUAAUUUGAAUGAUGUGAUUAAAGUGGUCAAGGGAAAAAUCGAGGAUAUUGAAUUGCCAAAUGGCAUUGAGAAAGUGGACAUCAUCAUCUCUGAGUGGAUGGGAUAUUGUCUUUUUUAUGAGUCGAUGUUGGAUACAGUAUUGUUUGCACGUGACAAGUGGCUGAAAUCUGAUGGAAUGAUGUUUCCAGAUCGUGGCACACUUUAUAUCACAGCUAUUGAAGACAGGCAGUAUAAAGAUGAGAAAAUCAAUUGGUGGGAUGAUGUAUAUGGCUUCGAUAUGAGUUGCAUUCGUAAGGUUGCUGUAACCGAACCACUGGUCGAUGUGGUUGACCCAAAGCAAGUGGUGUCCACGUCAUAUCUUAUAAAGGAAGUCGAUUUGUAUACGGUCAAAAAGACCGACUUAGAAUUUGUAUCUCCGUUCAGUUUGAUAAUUAAACGCAACGACUUUGUACAGGCUCUAGUUACAUACUUCAAUAUCGAAUUUACAAAGUGCCACAAACGUCUUGGUUUCAGCACUUCGCCAGAGGCCACAUAUACACAUUGGAAACAGACUGUAUUUUAUUUGGAUGAAUACCUAACAGUCAAGAAAGGCGAAGAGAUAAAGGGCACAUUUAAGAUGAAGCCCAACGAACGCAACAACCGUGAUCUCGAUUUUAAUAUUGAGGUGCAGUUUAAGGGUGAACACUCGGAGGUGCACGAAAAUAAUAUUUACAGAAUGCGUUGAUAUUAGUGAUGAAGAUUGUAAGCUUGAUUAUAUUAAGACUAAAGUUUUAUAGAUAUAAGUUGUUUUAUUUGCUACUCAAAUCCCCUUUAAUGUAUCCUUUUUGCUAUUGUAAAGCAACAAACAAACCCACAAACAACAGAGAAAUACUUCCUAAUGCAAACUUAACAAUUCCAUGGCCGCCCUGACAGCAAAAAAUAAAAUAAAAGUAUAUAAAUAUGUAAUAAUGUGGGAAGUAAUUUAAUAUUUUUUUGUACUGUAAAAAAAAUCCCGUUUAUUUUAUUGUAAAUUAUUAUUGGCUUGACCAACGUCGAAAUUAAAAAUUUACCCGAUGGUCUGUCUCAUCCAAUUUGUAUUUAAAAAACGAUGUUUUUAAAUAUUUUUUAAAUUAUUAAUUAUUUUUUGAUGUUUUUUUGUUAAAUAAAAUGCAAUGGGAUUUAUACACAGAA